AUGGAAGCAUACUACCCUUCCCAGCACACUCACCAAUUCCCUCUCAGUCAACCCCCAGACUGCCCUCUUUGCCCCAACACGCCUAAACGCAGCAGAGUUGAUCCUGCGAAGCGCAGCGCUACCGCUGGUCGUCCCUACUACUACUGUCAAGCCGACCACAAGCGUCAGUUCAUCACCUGGGAUGACAUGGUGGGCAUUUCCUCUACCAACCCUCGAUGCCGAUGCGGUCAUCGCAGCCGACGAAACGAAGGCAAUGGACCUGUGCCAAGUGCGUGGUACAAUUGCUCUUCACGAAGAUGUUCCUUCAAUCAGAACAUCGACGACGAUGAGAGCGAUGCAUCUCCUCACUCCAGCCCAUCAAGCUGGAAGGGCAGUACCGCUUCUUACACCACCGCCGGUUCAACAUACAGUGGGCAUGGCAGAAAGAUGUCCGCUGGAGAGGACAAAAACAGCGGACUUCUUGACAAGAUGAAUGCUAUGACUGUCAAGAUUGAGCAGCUCGAGACUAACCUUGCCUCUCAGCCUUCAACCACUGCAAGGCCUUUCGACCACAACUGUUCUCUGCAUGGGUAUGGACGCCGGUCGCUUUUCGGCCGUCGCCGCUGUACCUGUAAAUAG